AGUGUCGUUAUCAUCUCAUUAUUCUAUGUCGUGGUGAAAACCUUGCUUCAAUUUUAAAGCAUUUUAAAGUUUCAGUGUUUUUAUUCUAAGAUCAUAAGAAAUUUCGAUUACUCUUAUAAAGUGUUCUAAUUUGGAAUUCAAGUUUUUAGCAGCAGCUAUUAAUGCUCAUUGGAUGAUAAACGCCAGGGUGACUCUUUUUAGGCAUCACUCUUUUUAUAUCCAAAUCCAAGAAGUUAUGACAGGUCCUUGAAUUGUGUCGCCUCCUUGGAAAAAAUCAAAUUGAUUCUUUGACAUCAAUAUUUUCUCCAACAUCAUCAUCACAGUUUGGUCCAACAGAUUAUUCUAAAUUGCCGGUACAAUCCAGGUAAAUUUAGAUGCCAGUUGCUGUGUUUUCUCUUGAAUCAAGACUCAGCUCUCAACGCAGUCUGUAGAAGUACCAUCAAAUCAUGAUCUGCACACUCCAGUCAUUCUCUGCAUUUCCUGUAGAAGACGUUCUUCCUGUUUGCGAACUUGAUGGCAAAGUUCAAUAUGUGGACGUAAAUAAUGUUCAGCUCAGCAUAUUUACAAAUGUUUGUAGCAAUCAUCCAGUAAUAAAUAUUUCACGAGAAUCAAUACAUGUAGCCAGGCAAGAAACCCACUCCUCAUCUACUCUUUUUCUACCGGAGAAUAACAGCCUUUGGAAAAAACUUCAAGUAACUUGGUAUGAGCAUGGUGCAUUGGAUUCUCUUCAGAUUUUAAUUUCUGCUCCUGAGUGUCCACCACUAUUACGGAAUGUAACAAGAAAAAUAGUCUCUUUUCUAAUGGCUGCAAAUUCAAUAGUCCCCAUCAUCCGUAAGAAGGAAAAUGAACUUUCCUCUCUGCCAAAAUACACACAAACCAGAGAGUGGAAGACUAGUUUAAUCAGAGCUCUAGCGUGGCAUCCGCACUGUACCAAAAUCGCAGUUUGUUCAAAUGAUGACUCCGUCCGAGUGUUUUAUGCCAAUUCUUCACACACUCCAGUUAUCAAACAUCAGCGUCAGAGAAAUGUUACUUGUUUAGCCUGGAGACCACUCAGUAGUUCUGAGUUAGCCAUCGGCUGUUCAGCAGGUAUUUGCCUCUGGACUAUAGAUCCCAUGUCAACUAUGACUCGUCCCUCCUCAUCCUGUCUGGUAGUUUUGUCCAAUCCAAACCAUGUUAAUGUUACAAGUCUGUCCUGGCACUCUGAGGGUAAAUUACUGAUCUCAGGAUCAGCUUUCGACAAAAUCAUGUAUGUCUGGAAUGUAGAUUCUCAAGAAGGAGUACCUCUGUGGCGACUAGGAGGUGGCGGAGUUUCUCUUGUUUCGUAUUCACCAUCAAAUGACCGAGUAUUUGCUGCUACAACAAAUAUUGUCUUUAGGAUUUGGAAUACAGAAGAAUGGCAAUGUGAUCGGUGGUCGAUGUCAUCGGGGCAUGUGAACAAUGCAUGUUGGUCGCCAUGUGGUUCCGUUGUUCUUUUCACAACUACAACAGAAGCUGCCAUCUAUGCUCUGACUUUUUCUCCUCACUACUCAUUGUUUGAUACUCCUUCUACGGAAGACAAAAAGAGCGCAGUCAUCGUAGCUGAUCUGACUCCUAUCGAACUAGUGUCUGGGGAAAGAAUUGGUGGUGAUAUCAUUGGUAUGUCUUGGGAUCCACGCGGAAGGCAUCUUGCUGUAUCAUUUGCAAGUUCUGACAUAAUUGCAGUAUUUAUAACUAAUAUCUCUCCAAAAAUUCAUUUGUCUCGAUGCUGCUUGAUCAAAGGUUACCCCUCUGAAAUACCGAGCAUUAUAAGUUUCCAAUCCAACUUUGCUGAUGGAGCCAAUCUUACCAUCGGUUGGUCCAGUGGAAGAGUUCAAUACUUCCCGUUUGUCUAUGUAGAUAUUCAAAGUUCCUCCGCAGAUCGGUUUGCAAACGAGUCAAAACGAAACCUCACAAUAAACAAAACACCUCUCAGAGAGUCUCAACCCAGACCUUCCAGUUCUAAUCACCGACAUUUUUCCCAAAGCACAUCAGACAUAGGAUUAUUCUCUCCGUCAGCAACUGGCUAUGAGGACAGUAUCUUAUUUUCUCCCUACAGAGGUUGAAUGUAGCUCAGUGAGGCUGUAAUGCUUGUGUGGCAUUGAUUGUUGAUUAUUAAAGGGACAUUGUAUGAAAAAACUCAACUCAAAAAUCUUAUAAUGGAGGGGCUUGGAGGACUAGGCACACAGUUGCGAUUUUCGAAAAAAAAAGAGAUAUUAGUGAUUUCAACUACAUCUAGGUUUGAAAUAAAUUCUGUGAAAAAUUCCAGUAAAAACCCAGAUAAAAUCCAGUUUAUGAGUUUGAACUUUCUUAAUGUCAUGAGGCUUCAUAUAAUUUAGAAACUUCAAACACGUUUUUCUUGAAAUAGGAAAAACUGCUUUCUUGCGCCUUGUUCUCCAAGUCCCUCAAUGGAAGCAACAUUCUUUAUUUCUUAAGUAUUAAGCACUAAACCUCAGAUUAUCUGAGGUAAUGUGGCGGUCGGCCAGUUUGGAGUAGGGAAAAUUCGUAUAAUGCUGGGGUCCCUACAACGAGCUUACUUUGACUUCUUGCAUUCGUAAAAUGUGAUGAAGUAUACACAAAUUUGAAACAAAAUGUGUUGUUAAAUAAACAAGGAUAAACUAUACAAGUAAACAAAUUACAUACCUACUUUAAAAAAUUUGCGUUUGCUCUGCCUGUUGAGAGAAAAGACGAAAAUUAGUUUAGAUUAGCCGGAGUUUGAACACAUUAUCCGAGUUCAGAUAAUUGGUGAUUUAGCUUAAAUUGCAUUUUCAAUCUUAGGUAUCCUAAAAGUGAUAAACUAAUUUGCUCCCCUUUCUCUAGUCUAUCACAUUCUUGAAUACCGCACUAUUUUAAGCUCUCCUCAGAAAUUAUUUCCAAAAAGUUAGUAUCGUUCCUUAGAUAAAAAUUAAAACCUGUAAAGCUGCAAUUGUAAUUAUAAUUCAUCCUAAAAAUGUUGUUUGAAUCCAAUCUUUCAAUCAUGACAAAUAAUUAUUCCAACACAAGUUUUAAGAAGUCAAAAGUAAAUUUGGUUCUGAAUUUUAUUCAUAUCCAAAAACAAGUUGACAGAAAUAUGCACUAAUUUGAGAUAGAAUGAAUUUUAAGACAUUUUUAUGUCUCCGGGCCUAAAAGAAAAUUUACUCUUUUGAAACGAUGUGGAUAGUGCCUACUUCAUGACUCCUUGGUAUGAGAUAAAUACUGCAGGUUUACACUAAUUUUUUAAUUUUUAUUUUUUGAAUUUAGAACAAGUAUAUCAUUGCUGUCAUUCUUGUUUGUAUUAUGAAACAAUUUUUAAUUAUGUAAUAAAUGUGAUAUUUUCAUACUAAAGGAUUCUGUAUAGUUUGUUGCGAUAAAUUAAAUUUUCUCAAGG